AUGCAACAUAUUCCUAGGAUUCGAUUUUUCGCCGGCCUCAGGUUUGCAUCGUCGACGAUUCGCGCUGCGCCCGCCACCAAAUAUGGCGCGCCGGUGAUUGGCGGCGUUCAGAAGACGGUGCCGUUUGAGAGUUUGCUUCAAGAAUAUUCGCGAGUUCAUUGGGACGAUUCGGUGGGCGUCGAUGAUCCGACGGUGCAACGCAUUUUCACCAAUUUGAUGUCGGGCUCGCGAGCGGCUCUCGCCUCGGCGAUCACACUCGUCGAAUCGCGUCAUCCGACGAAACGCGCGCAGGGCAACGUUUUGCUGAAAAUGGUUUUGGACGUCGAACGCGAGAAAUACGCGAAAUUUGGACGCGAUUCGAUGAUAUUUCGAGUUGGCAUUUCGGGAAGUCCGGGCGUCGGCAAAUCGUCGUUCAUCGAGGCGCUCGGCAACGAGUUGACGACGAAUCGCGGCAAAAAAGUGGCGGUGCUGACGAUCGAUCCGACAUCGGCGAUGACGGGCGGCUCGAUAUUGGGCGAUUUGACGCGAAUGCAAGAGUUGUCGAAGAACCCGAUGGCCUACAUUCGACAAUCGCCGACGUCGGGCAGCCUCGGCGGCGUGACGCGCGGCAUCCACGAGGCGAUCAUUCUGUGCGAGGGCGCCGGCUACGACAUCGUCAUCAUCGAGACGGUCGGCGUCGGACAAUCGGAGGUGGCGGUGGCCGACAUGUGCGACAUGAUGUGUCUGCUGUUGUCGCCGGCGCACGGCGACGAGCUUCAGGGUGUGAAGCGCGGCAUCAUGGAGCUGAGCGAUUUGUUGGUCGUCACGAAAGACGACGGCGAUCUGAGGGCGAAAGCGAAACUCACGCAAGCCGAAUACAUAUCGGCGUUGAAGUUCAUGCGGCCGCGCACGACGUCGUGGCGUCCGCCGGUGCUUCGCUCGUCGGUCAUGGACGAGGCGUCGAUUGCCGGCGUUUGCACGACGCUCUACGAGUUUUGGGAGGCGAUCGGCGACAGCGGCGAGCUGGUGACGCGUCGGCAGCAGCAGAUGAAGAAAUGGAUGUGGAAUCAUGUGAAAGACGAGAUCAUGUCGGUGUUUCAGCGCCAUCCGAGAAUUGCGCAUUUGGCGCCCCAACUCGAACGCGACAUCGCCAACGGCAAAACGACGCCGGGUCUCGCCGCGGAGACGAUGAUUCGCGUGUUUUUCGGUGUCUAA